CUAAGUGCCAGUGUUUACAAGAGUUUGAUGUAGGUCUGUUUGCGCCUGUUAUCCGAGUUCUCACCAUGUCUGUUACUCCAUGUUUGGUGGACAGAUGGACUGAGGAGAACAACAACAUCGUCAGAAAGUGGAAGGAAUAUGAGAACCGUCGCCAGCCCCUUCAAGACGUACGAAAGCAUUGCUAUGCGGAGUUUCUCAAACUGUGGCAGAAAAUUCAAGGUCUGCCAGCCACUACAGAACAACUUCAACUUGAAAUCACCGCUUCAUACAACACCUUGAUAUUAUCACUGAGUUACUCCAAACCGCAAGAUACGCAGCAUCACCUCACCAACAGCCUAGUAAGAGCCUUAGAAGCUGUUGGUGCUCAGGUGUCCAAAACUGAUCUGGGAACAUUAUUGCAAGCAGUGCUGAAGACCUUUGGUGGUACAGUGUACCAGCCCUGCAUCCACAAGCUGUUGCUGAUUCAGUGGGCGAUCUGGCUCUCGGAAUGUCAGUUUGAUGGCAUCCUUCAUCUGCUUCAGCAGAUUAACCCCAAGAACAAGAUCACACCAUCUGGUGAUCUACUCACAGAAAUCCGAAACCUCACCUUUUCCAUCCAAGAAGACAUCUCCCUGCUUGUUGCUAUGGCAGCCAAAGAUCUCAAGGACCUUUUGCAUAUCUGCACUUUUGUUUCCAAAGGAGUGGAGCAGAUGAGGAAGGAGAAUUAUACUGAGGCUCUUCUGGCUAUUCAAGAAGCUGCCACACUCUCUUCUCCCAGAGCUCUUUUGGCUCACAUCCACACCCUCACAGGCCUUUGCUUCACUAAGCUGGGACGGCCCCAGAGUGCCCUCCAAUGUUACAGAAAGGCCUUAGAGGUGGACUUCAGCUGCCAGAGGGCACUUUAUCAGAGCUCACUAGUGUACAGGCAGUCGGGCAACAGUCAAGCCGAAAUAGAGGCUUUGCAUCUUCUUCACUCUGCUGUGUUGUUGCAUACUGAAAGAGACUCAUCAAGUACGCCAGCCGCCCUCAUAUCCCCUGAUAUGCUGCUUGGGGGUGAACAAAUGGCUUUUAUUAGCCAAGUACCUUCUCCUGUUCUAAUAUUACACACUCUGGCACAUAGAUGUUUGCUCAAUGACAGAAAUUCAGAAAGUGCUGAGUUCUAUGUUGACCUCUUGGCCACCUUACAGUCUCCAGACUCCAGACCACAUGGACCCACGAUUGAUGCCCUGCCUUUCCCAAGAAUCCCUGUUGUCUAUCUCGAAGCAGCAUUUGCAGUGUUGAAAGCCAAAAGGUUUUGGGAUUCUAUUGCCAUUUGUGAUGAAGUCAUUGCCAAGACUGUGGACCUUGUCCCAGAGAGACUGCUGCUUGAGCCACAUCACAGGUCAGCUGGCCCCACAGAACUGGCAGCUGUAGGUGUGGAAUCUGAAGCUGUGGAGGAGAAAUUAGACUGUGUUCUCUGGUCUGGGGCAGCUUACUUCCUUCAAGGACAUGCAUAUUUGCAGCUCAAGGAUACAAAAGAAGCACUGACCAUCUUUACCAGAGCCAUCAAUCAACUGGUGAAAGUGUGUGUUAAACAGAAAUGCUGGACAGUGAGCAAUCUGGGACAGACAGAAGAUUCUGACAAUAAAGUGGCGACACUGGAGGCUCUAAAAGGACAAACGCUUGCAGGCAGAGGCGUGUGCUUUAUAGAGAGAGGCCAGUUGAAGGAGGCUUUGAGGGACUUCCAGCUCAGUCUUCAGGCCUCAGGGUGUAGGAACACAGAGAUGUGGCUGGUUGAGACUUUGUGGAGGCUGGACCGCAAGAAGGAGGCAGCAGCCAUGUGGCACCAGAGUUAUAAUUCCACAAACUCGCCUACUCCAGUAGAGCUGCCCCUGUAUCUGCAAACAUGGCAAGAGGAUGCUACAAAUCUUGACCACAGCAACCUGAAUGAGAAAAUGGAGAAAUUCAUCCAUAGUUGUGGUGACAUAACUAUGACAUAAAAUAAAGAUAAAACAAUUUCAUAUUUUA